AAUUCUUCAAUUCAAAUAUAUAUCGCACAUCCAAAGAGUUCUUGCCAAACUAAAAUAAUGGCCCUCCGCAUUUUCAGAUUCGUUCAUCUUCUUGUUCUCGCAACCUUCAUCUUUCAUGGAUCAUGUUACUCACAAAGAGGUCCGUAUUACAGAUUCAUGAAAGAUGCAUCAUUAGCACCGGCGGUCUCCAGCUACGACUACAUAGUCAUCGGGGGAGGGACCUCCGGUUGUGCCUUGGCCGCCACUCUCUCCCAAAACGCCACCGUUUUGGUCCUCGAGCGUGGUGGCUCGCCCUACGAGGACCCGAAGGCCACGGACAUGGACAGUUUCACGACCACGCUCUUGGAGAUCACACCGGGCUCCUGGUCGCAGCUCUUCGUAUCGGAGGAUGGCGUGUACAACACGCGCGCGCGCGUGCUUGGAGGAGGGUCGGUGCUCAACGCCGGGUUCUACACGCGCGCAAGCGAGGAUUACGUGAGGGAGGCCGAGUGGGACGAGGAGGAGGUGGAGGCCGCUUAUGAGUGGGUUGAGAGAAAAGUAGCGUUCGAGCCGCCGGUGAUGACGUGGCAGUCAGCGGUGAGGGAUGGCUUGGUGGAGGCGGGGGUGGUUCCGUACAACGGGUUCACGUACGAACAUAUAUACGGGACGAAGAUCGGUGGGACCAUCUUUGAUCGGUCCGGACACAGACACACGGCUGCGGACUUAUUGGAGUACGCUGAUCCCAUGAGACUUGUCGUCUACUUGCAUGCUUCUGUUCAUAAGAUCCUCUUCACCACCACCCAAGAUAAGCCAAGACCGAGAGCCAACGGAGUGAUAUUUCAGGACACGAACGGAGUGGUCCACAAGGCUGAGCUGGCGGACAACUCCCUCAACGACAUCAUCCUCUCGGCCGGGGCCAUCGGUAGCCCCCAGUUGCUGAUGCUCAGUGGUGUCGGCCCGGUGGCCCACCUCUUGACACGUGGCAUUGAGCCAUUGGUCGAUCAGCCGAUGGUGGGGCAGGGGAUGGGAGACAACCCCAUGAACGCACUCUUCAUACCUUCUCCUUUGCCCGUGGAAGUGUCCCUCGUGCAAGUCGUUGGUAUUACCGAGUUUGAUAGUUACAUCGAAGCUGCGAGCGGCUUGAGCUUGUCCUAUGGUCCGACUCGGAAGUUCUUUGAAGGACUCUUGGAUCUUCUCAACGAGACAAAUCUUAACCCUACAACAUUUUCGACCCAAUCCAUAGAAGACAAACUCGGAUCCAUGGAUUCUCUCUUGAAUGUAACGACAAGAGCAGGUGUGAUCAUGCAGAAAGUCUCGGGACCAAUGUCGAGAGGACAUUUGGAGCUUCGGACCACGAAACCAGAAGACAACCCUUCUGUCAGAUUCAACUACUUCCAAGAACCAGAGGAUCUGAGGAAGUGUAUUCAAGGGCUUAGCACGAUCAUCAAAGUGAUCCAAACGACUGCAUUCUCGAAGUUUCGGUAUCCGGACAUGUCUGUUCCGAAGUUAUUGGAACUGAUGCUGAGUGUUCCGACCAAUCUGAGGCCGAGACAUGUGACUGCAGCGUUCGAUCUUGAGCAGUUUUGUAUCGAUACCGUGACGACGAUUUGGCAUUACCAUGGAGGUUGUCAAGUUGGAAAAGUUGUCGACAAGAACUAUAGGGUUUUCGGUGUCGACGCUUUGAGAGUCAUCGAUGGAUCCACGUUUCUUAAAUCUCCGGGGACUAAUCCUCAAGCCACAGUCAUGAUGCUCGGAAGGUACAUGGGCCAGAUGAUACUUCGAGAGAGAGCGGGUUCCGACAAAGAGGAAGAGCCAUAAGGAGGAGCAAAGAAUGAGGUUCACUUUCCUAACUAAAGAAAUAAACAAUCUCGGUGUUUGUAAUCGUUUUCAUCCACGUAUUAUCCAAACGUAACGGUGUAUGCAUGCAUGCAUAUAAGCUUUUACGUACUGUUUUCCGAUAUAUGAAAAUAACGAUGAAAUCGGAAAACUUAAGGAUAUAUAAUGUGCGCACGUAGCAUAUAUAUUAUAUA